AUGGACCAGGAGUUUGAGGACAUAGAUUCCGACGGGCGGUGGCAGAAACUAUAUCUAGACAUUAGAAGCCAGUCUCACGAGUGCCCCUUCAAAGUGGCAAAGUACCCAGAGAACCGAAAUCGUAACAGAUACAGAGAUGUCAGUCCAUUUGACCACAGUCGAGUUAAGCUGGAGAGUACAGAAAACGACUACAUUAAUGCAAGCCUGGUAGUGAUUGACGAAGCUCAAAGACGUUAUAUCCUGACACAGGGGCCCCUCAGAAAUACAUGUGGUCACUUCUGGCUGAUGAUCUGGGAGCAAAAAACUAAAGCUGUCAUCAUGCUCAACAGAGUCAUAGAGAAGGGCUCGGAAAAGUGUGCGCAGUACUGGCCUUCAGCGGAAGAGAGGGAGAUGACGUUCAGGGACACACACUUCUUGGUCACACUGAUGUCAGAGGAGCCCAAAUCCUAUUACACAACUCGAGUUUUGGAGCUAAAAAACAUGGAGACUGGAGAGAAGCGAGAGAUCUACCACUUUCAUUACACCACGUGGCCUGACUUCGGAGUUCCAGAUUCACCAGCGUCUUUCCUAAACUUCCUCUUUAAGGUCCGGGAGUCGGGGGCCCUGGGUGUGGACCACGGGCCGGCUGUGGUCCACUGCAGCGCUGGGAUCGGCCGCUCGGGGACGUUCUCCUUAGUGGACACGUGUCUCGUCCUGAUGGAUAAGAGGAAAGACCCACUGUCCGUGGACAUAAAAAGUAUUCUUUUGGACAUGAGGAAAUACCGCAUGGGCCUCAUACAGACUCCAGACCAGCUGCGCUUCUCCUACAUGGCCAUUUUGGAAGGAGGGAAAUUCAUGGGAGACUCCUCUGUGUCGAUCCGGUGGCGAGAGCAGUCCUGCGAGGACCAAGAACCUAAGACUGACUCGUCAUCUUCAGGGCAGACGCGGUGUUCCACAGAGAGACUUAACGGAGGCACAGACUACAGGCCAGACGGCAGGACCGCCUCGCCAUCGCCGCACAGAGACACGGAGGCCGACGGCAGCACCACAAACAAAAGACGUAGAGAGGACAGCAUCUCUAAAUCUGAUGCAGUGAAGACUCCCCAAAGCAAAUCCAGAACCAACGACUCUGAGAGGAAGAGAAAAAGAGUGAAAGCUAAUGACUGCUAA